UGUAAAAAAAAAAAAUCUAAAAUAUUACACACCGUUCCUUUAAAGACCUUUAUAUGUUUGCGUGCAGUGGAGCGCAGUUAUUGACUGGACUAACAGCAGCAACCAGGCACAGGACAGAAACCUGAUUCAGGAUACAAAAUAUCGUUAGGGGUCACCAUCACAAGUUUCUGCAUGUGUCAGAUCCUGCAGCGCCGAUCGUUUGCUCAUGUCUUGCCUUUUGCUCUGACUUGGAGCGAACAGUAUCCAGUUACUGUUUCUGGUCAUCUGUCUUGAGCCCCCCUCCCUCUGAGUCAGCACGCACAGUGCAGAGCCCGGCUGCCCAUUCAUACCACUGCUGCACCACUCAUUUAAAAUCAUGUCACGCUCAAGAACCAAAACAGAAACUUAGAAACUUUCAGAAAACAUAAAUCAACUGGUGUACAAACUGUUGUUUAAUGUUCUUAACUGAAUAAGAGUGAAGACAUGCAUUAUGUGUUUGACCUCAAUGCCCUUUGUGUAACCCUGAGACUGAGUCUAUAAUGGGAAUAUCCAUGUUUAAUAUUUGUUUGACCUUUGAUCUGUGUUAGUUGAAUCCUGGGAUGCUGGCAUGCCGCAUUCACAAAACUACAGCAGCAGUCAAGCUGGCUUACUAUUUUUAUAUUUGUCACGUACGCUUCCUCCCACAAACCAGCUGCACCCCUUUCUUGGCACAGAAAUAUGGAGUAGGUACGACGGCUCUGCACUUACUCCACUGGACAAGUUCAGGCACAUGUUAUUCCACAAUGUCCAGCUCUUUCUGAGAAACAAAAAUGCAGGUUUGUACAAAGGACGCUGGCACUAUUAAUAUGAGCAGCGUCAAACCAUCAGCAGCAGCGUUGAGGGGAAAGGAUGAAGAGGGCAGCUUUGGACAAAGUUGGCCCAGCGACCUUUGAGGAGCCGACGCUUUGCCUUCUUGCUUUGGACUUAGUUUCACCAACAACAUGCAGGAGAAUCGUGUUUCUCGUUGGUAUUUUGGUGGAAUCUCCUCUAGCGUGGCCGCCUGUUUAACACACCCACUGGAUUUAAUCAAGGUGCACUUGCAGACGCAGCAGGAGGUGAGGGUGAGGAUGAUUGGGAUGGCUGUUAACGUGGUGAGGAGAGAAGGUUAUCUGGCUCUCUACAGUGGCCUCAGUGCGUCCCUCUGCCGGCAGAUGACCUAUUCGUUGUCACGGUUUGCCAUCUAUGAAACUGUCAGGGACGAAAUGAACAGGAAGAACAAAGGUCUCAUGCCUUUCUACCAGAAAGUGUUGCUGGGUGCCUUUGGAGGGUUUGUAGGUGGUUUCAUCGGAACCCCGGCUGACCUGGUGAAUGUCCGAAUGCAGAACGAUGUCAAGUUUCCGGUAGAGCUCAGGAGAAAUUAUGGUCAUGCACUGGACGGACUGUUGCGUGUUUGGAAGGAGGAGGGAAUUAGGAAACUGUUCUCUGGUGCUUCAAUGGCUUCAUCUAGAGGUGCACUGGUCUCUGUCGGACAGCUGUCCUGUUACGACCAGUCCAAGCAGUUGGUUCUGGCGUCUGGUUACCUGGCUGACAACAUCCUCACUCACUUCCUGGCCAGCGUGAUUGCAGGGGGCUGUGCCACGAUCCUGUGCCAACCACUUGAUGUUGUUAAAACAAGAUUAAUGAGCUCCAAACUGGAAUAUGGGGGUGUGUUUCACUGUCUAACAGAAACAGCAAGACUGGGCCCGAAGGCGUUUUACAAGGGUCUUGUUCCUGCAGGUAUCCGCCUUAUUCCUCACACAGUCUUCACCUACAUAUUCCUCGAACAACUGAGGCAACAUUUCGGUGCCGUGGUCGUCACUUGAGAGUGUUGAGAGGACGUCUUUGCAAUUUCACUGGUUCUCCGUGUUGGAUAGCUUCAUCAUUGAUGCUAUUCUUACAAAGCCAGCUCAGCAGGAGUCCUCUAGAUAUCACUAAUGACAAAACCAAGAGGAAGUCACAUAAUGCACGUCUAAAAAAAAGCAUUUUCAUGAAACAUUUUUGCAUAAAAAUGAAAGUGACUCAUGCAAUAAGACAUGAGUCUCUGUCUCUAACUUACAAUGUCAAAACAGUUACAUUACCUAUGAUAAAUCUGACACAAGGGUUGUAAAAAGAAUGUAGCCAGAGGUUUAGAGUUAAUAUCAACUGAUAAGUCCUGCUAAGUGCUCCAGGCAAUUACUUUUUAAUACUAGACCUUCUUUGCUCUCUGGGGGACAGUGUUACACUGGAAAAAUAGUGUGUUUAUAUGCAGUGUAUUUGUUUGUAAUGAUGCAGAAUUUUAGUGUAUUUGUACCAGACAGUUUUUGGUGACCAUUGCAAAAAGAAGAUUAUUUAUUUUCAUAUUGUGGAAAGUGUUUUUAAGUUUGUGAUGGAAGGCAAGUUGAGAGUCAAGAUAACCCUUUUUAUCCCUGUGCACUUGGGAAAACAUGCUAGUUUACUACAUUGUAAACAAGAAUGGUUCAAUCAAUAAAACAAUCUCUUGCAAGCUC